AUGGAGAGCCUUCUCACCAACAUCAGCUCCACCUCCACCCCUGAGCCCCUCAUGCCCCUCUUGACCCCUGACCCAACUAACUGCAGCGCCUGGGACCAGCAGUGGGGACCACCAUACAUGCAAAGGUUAGCCCACCUGGAUGUGCAGCUGUACCAAGACUUCUACGCUGUGUGGGUCGUUCUCAUGGUGUGUAACUGUCUGAUGCUGGUGGUCGGUGUGGUCCUCAACAGUCUGGCUCUCUAUGUCUUCUGUGGGGCCUCCACCCACUCCUCGGCCUCUGUGGUUUACACCAUAAACCUUGCUGUAGCUGACCUGCUGGUGGCGCUGUCGUUGUCAGCGCGCAUCGCUCUGUACCACAGUGGAGGGAGCUGUGUUGCCUGCUCCUAUGUUCACACCUUCAGCUACUUUGUCAACAUGUAUUGUAGUAUACUGUUUCUGACCAGUAUCUGUAUAGAUCGAUACCUCGCUGUCGUCCAUGUGUCCAGUACUCUCCAUCGAUGCAGGACCCCAGGAACAGCCAGGUGUGUCAGCGCCAUAGUUUGGUUCAUUGCAGUUGUGGUCACCUACUCCUUCCAGACCACAGCCUUGGAGUUCAGCUCCUCCUGUGUGCUCCUCCCUGCCCUCUUCUACCUCACCAUUCUGGAGUUUCUGCUUCCCCUGCUGGCCGUGGCGGGCUUCACUCUGCGCGUCGCCUGCUUUCUCUCCUCCAGCCACGGCCUGAUGCCCCAGCAGAGCAGGGCGAGGAGGGCGCGUGCUGUCAGACUGUUGGCCACUGUCCUGGUGGUCUUCACCAUCUGCUUCACGCCGUUCCACGUCCGGCAGGUGCUGGUUUAUUUCCGGGUUAAAGUCGGAGGGGGGGGGCUAGGGCAGGGGGCGGGGCAUGUACUCGCCUAUCACAUCACAGUUACCCUGAGCAGCCUGAACAGCUGCCUGGAUCCAGUGGUUUACUGCUUUGUGACGGACAGCUUCAAAAGAGUGUGGAGAACGAGGAGGAGGGGAGUGAGGGAGGGGGACGGGGAGGCGGGGCACACAAGUGGGGGAGAAGGGGAGAGGAACUCGGUGAAUAAAAAUCCAGGUACGGCAAUGGCAAUAGCUCACAGCGUGGCCACACUUACCCUCACAAGCUCUCCCCUCUCUGCUGCCAACAUGGAACAGUCCUCUUAAUGACAGCUGACCCCCUCGACACCGCCUGACCACACGGCAUCCUGGGAAACUAGUCGGCUGCUCUGAAGUUGCUGAGCGAAGAUGUUUUUGCCCUGGAAAAAAAGUUGAAGUUGUCCUGAAACUGACCAGACCAGCAAGUUACUUCACCAGCAGUCACGUUACAUGAUGACAACACUAAAACUCUCCAUAGAUAUGAAAGACUUUAUUACUUAACCCCUGCAGUGCUGAAAACCUCACAGCAAACUAUUUAUUUUUAAUGAAGACCCUGUGAGGUCAGAGUGUUAAACCAUUAUUCUUGACUAAAUUAAUUUUUUUCAUAUAUAUAACUUUUCUCUUUGUUCUGCCUGAAUGCCUGACUGUUUUCUUUUCUGUUACCAGUAUUUCAUAGGAGCUCAAUUAAAUUAAAGGUUCCUAACAUGCAAUCAGAGUGAAACUGACAUGCUGUGUUGUUCAAAUCUGCAGGUAAAAUCAAUGGAAUGAAAAGACUGCAAUGAGAGGGAAAUUUCUAAUUCUGAACAUUCACUGGUAAUAAGAUAAGAACAUUUCUGUGAACAGAAUCUCCAUCCUUCUGAAUAUCUGCAUCCCCUCAUACUAAAUGUACAUUUAAUCCAUUUUUAACAUUCAAACCAGAUCACAUAUGUUGAAGAUUUUACAGUAUAACUUUCUAAAAUAUUAUUGAUAUCCACAGUUUUUCUGGGAACAUAUUUAAUGUAUCUAAACCCAAUGCAUAUAAUGCCAACUUUCCAUUAAAUGUGUAUUUUUUUUGAUGAUAUUGUAUAUGUAAAUGCAAUUUUAUUAAUAUGUUUGCCUCCGUACUAUUGUAUUCUAAAUUACAUGUUUUUCAUCUAAUGUUGAAGUUACAUGGGUAUUACUAUGUUCAAUGCAACUUCUAUGAAUCAUAGUGCAAAUAUAAUUUAAUUUUACUAUAAUUUAUGUGGAGCUUGUAAUCACCAAAUUUGCAUAGUUUUGAAAAAUGUGUUUAUCCAACUGCAUGAAAAACUGCAAAAAUCAUUCCUUUACCUAAGAAUGCAACUGUACCAUUUAGUGGCCC